AUGUGGUAACCAUGGCUCUAACCUUGAAGAUAGCGCUAGGGUCACACGACUCGAAUCUAUAAUCAGGAAUUCCAAAGAAAGAUACGUACUGUAGACUACCGGUACAGUACAUGGAUACCACGUGUAGAUUAACAAACAUACGAACAAACCACGCCGUGCUGAUGAUGUUGUUGUUGAUGAUGUGGGGUAUCUGACCUAACAAAGUCCCACCAUAGCUUGCAAGUAAAAGAAAACUGUACCAUGAACAAGUUUGCGCUUCUCCUCCUGAAAGCUCUUCAAGUUUCUAUCCUGGCGCUGGUAACCUGGGGCUUGCUUCCAGUGGUCUGGUUGGGAAGCCAGCUCUAUGGACGUCCACCCAACGUGCUGCACAUUCGUACCCAAGCAAGUCGAUACCUCCAUUACACGUGGACGGCAGAUCUGGAGAAUGAUCCUCCUUAUCCAACUGGCGCCAGAAUAUGGUUGACUUUGUGCAUCGUGGAGAAAUGCUUCAUGUCACGCUUGGUGGGUUUGGCAUGGCUGUUGGAUCAAGUGCUGUACGGAAAGCAGCUGCAACAAAUGGACGUCCACAAUCCAUUCUUUGUCAUUUCCGGGGGUCGAUCGGGCAGUACCCAAUUGACACGAUAUUUGGAACAAGAUGCAGAUAGCUUUGUGGCUCCCAGUAUCCUCAUGUGUAUGUUCCCCUAUCUGUGGCUCUGGCGACUGGUCCCCAAGACGAUUGGGCGCUUUGUGACACCCGAUCAAGUGCGAGAAUUCCUCUGUCAAAUGGUCCCCAAAGAAAGCUUGGAACGACAUGAAAUGGAUCCAUUCCAAGCCGACACGUUUGAUGGGGCCUUUUUGAGCCAUCAUUUGAAUGCCAUGUCCCUCAAUCUGGGAACAACAGUUGGCACCAUGGAGUUUAACCUGGCAGAGUUUGCCCCUCACAAUCGAUCCUUGGUCGAACAGGACUAUGUCGCAUUCAUUGAUGGCAUUGCACGAAAAACAUUGUUGCAUCAAUGGCACCGGUAGGUAGGGAUCAUAACAAGCUAGAAUGUCUUAGGCUGUUGAGUGGUUGA